ACUUGCAUUUUCCUGAUGCAUGUUGGGUAGUAUUGAAAUAUGGCGGCUCCCAUUCUGAAGUGGAAGCGGGUAACCAAUACUACAGGACCAUGUCCACGGCCCAGACAUGGUCACAGAGCAGUUGCUAUCAAAGAUUUGAUGGUUGUUUUCGGCGGUGGUAACGAAGGAAUUGUUGAUGAGCUCCAUGUUUACAACACGGCCACCAACCAGUGGUUUGUACCGGCUGUUCGGGGAGACAUACCACCGGGAUGUGCAGCCUAUGGCUUCAUCUGUGACGGAACUCGCAUUCUGGUGUUCGGUGGUAUGGUGGAGUAUGGGAAAUAUUCCAAUGAGUUAUAUGAGCUACAGGCAAGCCGAUGGGAAUGGAAGAGGCUAAAACCCAAGUCCUGUAAAAAUGGACCUCCACCUUGUCCCAGACUAGGUCACAGUUUUACCUUGCUGGGAAAUAAAGCCUACCUAUUUGGAGGGCUGGCUAAUGACAGUGAAGAUCCUAAAAACAACAUACCCAGAUAUUUGAAUGACCUUUACGUACUGGAACUGAAACCACAUUCAAACACUCUCUCCUGGGAUUUUCCCGCCACAAUCGGACAGCCCCCUCCCCCUCGCGAGUCACACACAUGUGUAGGAUAUGCAGAGAAAGAUGGAAGACGACCACGCUUAAUCAUCUAUGGAGGAAUGAGUGGAUGUCGUUUAGGGGACCUCUGGCAGUUAGAUAUAGACACAUACACAUGGAUUAAACCAGUGGUACAAGGCCUUCCUCCAUUACCCAGAAGUCUCCACUCAGCCAAUGUUAUUGGGCAUCGUAUGUUUGUGUUUGGAGGGUGGGUUCCCUUGGUGAUGGACGAUGUGAAAGUUGCAACUCACGAGAAGGAGUGGAAAUGUACAAACUCCCUGGCCUCCCUUAAUCUAGAAACAAUGACAUGGGAGCCCUUGGCUAUGGAGGUAUUUGAGGACUCUCUUCCCCGAGCCCGGGCAGGGCACUGCUGUGUGUCCAUACACACGCGCCUGUACAUCUGGAGUGGCAGAGACGGAUACCGGAAAGCCUGGAACAAUCAGGUUUGCUUCAAAGACUUAUGGUUCCUUGAGACAGAGAAGCCACCCGCUCCCUCUCGGGUACAGUUAGUUCGAGCCAGUACAAACACUUUAGAGGUGUGCUGGGGGGCAGUUCCUACUGCUGAUGCCUACCUUCUACAACUACAGAAGUAUGACUUACCCCCUUCCCAGGCCCUCACCCCCACAGCUAUUCCCCAGACGAACCCCCUCAUGAAAGCGGUCAGCACCCCUAGUGCAGCACAACCCACUGUGGUCAGGACACCCACUCCAGGAAUUGCCCAGAUUCGAACAAAUACCGGGGCACUAGGCUCCGUUACCAUGACAUCGCCACAAACAAUUAGAGUGACAGCAGUGACUGCCCGACAAAAAACACCAAUCACCGUAAACCCCGGAGCAAUCAGAGUAGCCUCUCCUCAGGUUGUGACAUUGCCGCAGCAGCGGGCCAUCAUGUCCACGUCGACUAAUCAGAUGUCGGGCAUCCAGGCUCUGGCAGCGGCAGCAGCAGCCACACAGAAAAUCACAGGCACCACCACCACUCCCUCCACACCCGGCAUUAAAGUAGUGACACCCACUAUUGUCACUCCCACAGGGGUCAAAGUUACACCCAUUGGAAACCAGGCUGUUAAAACCUCAACAGCCAACCCUGCAACACCAACUGUGAGGGUAGCCACCCCAGGCGCCACCAUUCUGAAGUCUACGCCAGGGGCCAUUCAGCAGACUAUCGGCGGGAAACAAAUCAUCACGGUCCACAAGGCCAGCACAGGGGGCUCGUCCACCACUGGUCAGCCCCAGAUUGUUACGCUGGUCAAGACAAACCAGGGCAUGCAGGUGGCCACAACUAAGGGGCCUCUUCCACAAGGAGCCACCAUCGUAAAGCUGGUUACCACACAGUCAGGUGGCACCGGUAAACCCACCGCCAUAAUCACCACAAGUCAACCAGGACAGACACCAUCAACAAUUCUCGGAAUCAGCAGCGUGCAGCCCCAGUCAUCCACAACAAAAACCAUCAUCAAAACUAUUCCAUCUUCCAUGUUGUCAAUGGCCAAAGCGGGAACCAGCACUGCCACCACUCCGGGCGGUGCCAAAACCAUCGUCAUAGCCGCACCCAAGGGCAGCUCUGGAGGGCUGACAGGGACCCCCCACAAAAUCAUCACCUCAGUCCCGAAAAUAGCGGGACAGGGAAACACUCAGUUCAUUGUAGUUAGUCCCCAGAGCAGCGUGGGCGGGGCUCACACCAUCACAUCUGGUGGUAAACCUAUACAAGUAACCACUCUACAAACAACUUCCGGAGUCACAUUAGCGGGUCAUCAGAUUGUCACAGCAUCACAUGUUGGCAAGCCGGUCGUACAGCACGGAGCAGGGGGAACAAUAGUCAAGACCAUUCACGCCACACCCACCUCUUUAGCCGGGUCGGCCACAUCUCUCCUAAUCAACACCACAGCUGGAUCCGCCCCCACGCAGUCAACUCCUACAAUCUCCCUUAUUACUCAGCCUUCUAUUUCCCAGGCACCGGUCACUCUGACCACUCAGACAGUCUCAGCCACUCCCAUCCAGGCCACUGCUAGUGGGAAACCAGUCCAGAUCACGAUCACUCCAGCAGCGGCAGCAGCAACUGUCCAGCCUCAGGCCACAGUUCAAGUUACACCUGUGGUCACACAGCCAUGCACUGAUGGACAUAAUUGUCCUGGAGAUGAAAAUCCACAGCCUGCAGUUUGUACGGAUGGGCAUAAUUGCCCUGGAGAUGAAAAUCCACAGCCUGCAGUUUGUACGGAUGGGCAUAAUUGCCCUGGAGAUGAAAAUCCACAGCCUGCAGUUUGUACGGAUGGGCAUAAUUGCCCUGGAGAUGAAAAUCCACAGCCUGCAGUGUGUACGGAUGGACAUAAUUGCCCUGGAGAUGAAAAUCCACAGCCUGCAGUUUGUACGGAUGGGCAUAAUUGUCCUGGAGAUGAAAAUCCACAGCCUGCAGUUUGUACGGAUGGGCAUAAUUGCCCGGGUGAUGAGGUGGAUGGUGUUCCUCCAGCAGCCAAAGGGCAGUGCACGGAUGGGCAUAAUUGUCCGGGCGAUGAGAAUUCACAGUCCCAAAAUGUUUGUACAGAUGGUCAUAAUUGCCCAGGAGAUGAAAAUCAACAGCAAUCCAAUGUUUGUACAGAUGGACACAAUUGUCCAGGAGAUGAAAAUCAGCAGCAGGCAGGUGUUUGUACGGAUGGACACAAUUGCCCAGGAGAUGAUAAUCAACAGCAAUCCAAUGUUUGUACCGAUGGACAUAAUUGCCCAGGAGAUGAAACCCCCCAACAGUCAAAUAAUUCAUGCACAGAUGGUCAUAAUUGUCCUGGUGAUGAAAACCCAGAUCAGACUGCUGGCCAGCAGGUGACCUCUGCCCUCUCAGACAGUGCUAUUGUUGCUCCUCCCACGGUCCCACUGGACACUCAUGCAGCUGUGUCCGUGUCAGAACAGGUGCCUGCGAUCCUAAUGCAGGAGCCUGAAUCUAAACAAGAUUCAGAGGCAAUGGAGACCACGCCAGUGGAUGCUGCACCACAAGAAUUACCACAACCACAGGAAGUGGCACCUCCUCAAGAAGCUGCUGCUCUAACCACCACAAUGGUGGCAGCACCACAAGCAGAGAAUCCGCCCAUCGUUCCUAAACAGGAGGAGCCAAUGGACAUUGGUCCACCAACUGUGGCCACCCUCCAGGGUGGAGUUUUGACUGUCGGACCACCGGUGGUGGCUGCACCUUCACAACCCAUUGAUACCUCAGCAACAGACACAGACCCCUUAGCAACUCUGGCUUCAGCAGCAAUAUCAUCUGGCUCAGCACAGACCAGUAUCAAACAGGAACCUGGCAUUAUUGCAGCUAAUGGAAUCAAACAGGAGAUUCAGGAGAAGCCCGAGACUUUCCCAAAGACGCCCACGACACCGGUGAAGAAGGAGGGCAACCAGUGGUACGAUGUAGGGAUCAUAAAGGGCACCUCCUGUGUCGUGUCCCACUUCUACCUGUCAACGGACGCUAUGCAAGCUGGUGGAAAUGGAAGUGACAUCGAUGUGGUGAAUGUGGGUGACGUCAAUGUUUUAAAGAAACAGGAACUCCUACCGGGAACAGCCUACAAAUUCCGAGUGGCCGGAAUCAAUGCCUGCGGCCGGGGGUCAUUCAGUGAGAUCUCGGCCUUCAAGACCUGCCUCCCUGGCUAUCCAGGCGCUCCAUCAGCCAUCAAGAUCAGCAAGGUAGGAGGCAAGAGUACAGAAGGAGCCCACCUCUCCUGGGAACCCCCACAAAACACGGCCGGCAAAAUCACGGAAUACUCUGUCUAUCUGGCUGUACGCAAUGCAGCUGCCCACGUGGAUCAGAAGCCCGGUGCUCCCGCUCAGCUGGCAUUUGUGCGUGUAUACUGUGGUCCCGCCCCCACGUGCACGGUGACGGCAGCCAGCUUGGCCUCGGCACACAUAGACUAUACAACCAAGCCCGCCAUCAUCUUCCGUAUUGCUGCUCGUAAUGAAAAAGGCUAUGGUCCAGCUACGCAAGUCAGGUGGCUUCAAGAUGCACAGAGUCCUGCUGCCCAGAAGAUUGCAGUCAAGAGAACAAUUUCAGCUCAAGGAGAGGGAACUCAAGUGUUGGGUGCUGGUCAGGUGAAAAGGUUAAAGACGGAUGACGAGAACGAGAAAGCAAUGUAAACAAGUGAUUGGAGGAGACAACUCAGGAGGCAUGUCCGUACAGAGUUAUCUUACCUGGUCAGAAAAAAACAACAGAGAAUAUUGUUUGUGCUAAAAGAUGAAUGUACAUAAGACAUAUAUAUAUAUAUAUAUACUUUUCUUUGUAAUGUUAUUGCAGUUCUUGAAUGAAAAUUUUAUUUCUGUUGUCACUCUUCCUAUAAUUAGCAGCUACAAUCGUUGUACAUAGGGCAUCUUUCAUGAUCAUCAUCAUUGUCAUUGUUUUCAUCGUCGGACCAGUGUAAUCUCACUCAGCAUCAUUCCUGUUGUAACUGCUAUUCCUUCUUUAUUGCAAUAAUUUUACUGUAUACAACCACAUGUACAAUGUUGUUAAAGCGAGUUCAGUAGAAUAGAAUUCCAUUAUCAAAAUACAAGCGCAUCAUUUUUGCGAGUUCAUAGGUUUAGGAAAGUAAUUGAAAUGUAAGUUUUAGCAUGUAGAAGGAAUUAUAUAUAUAUAUACAUGUGCAUUAUUUGAUGCUGAUAUUUUAACGUUGAUUAGAAUUGCUGAUGUGUUGACUGUUGAGUAAUCGAAAGUUUCGUGCUGAACUAUACAGUUACUGGAGAAAGUGCAAUUCUUUGUUUAUACUUGUUAUGUGUAAAAAAAAAAAAAAAAAAGAAAAGGUUUACUAACUUUUUAAAGUGGUGAGACUUACUCUUGUUUUUAGCAGCGUUGUGUAGAAGAUAAGUGCUGAAAGUUGGCAGCAUCUGUAGGGUACCAAAUCAAACACGUAUUUUUGCUCUGUCAAACAAUUUUUUGGUCUCACGUAAUAACAUUGGUUUUUCUUCAGAAUGUUUUGUAAAUAAUGAAAAAGAAAGAGGAGUUGGAAAGAAGAGCAAUUGUAUCUGUUAAAUACUCGAUCAUUCACGUUGAUGUUGAGCUAAGGCUAUUAUUUAUUUAGGAAUUGAAUGGUUGUCCAGGGACUCUCCAAUUGCAGUCAAGAGUGCUACAGAAUGUCAUAGAUCUGUCAAAUAUUUUGUACAUAAACUGUCUAUUUUACAAUUAAUUAAAAUCAAUUGAAAAGAA